GUAGAGCUCUUUAAUGUUAAAAAGGUGAGAAAACGUCAUAGAAACAUGUAAAUAUACCAAUAUUACGUCUUGAAAUUUUGUCGUCUGCUGCAUUUCCUUUUAAUAUGGAGACGAUGGAAGUAAAAAAGAAAGCUAGGGCACAAAAUUGGACCGCUGAGGAAGAAGUUCUGUUAAUAGAGGAAGUGAAAGCGAGAGCAGAAAUCCUCUUUGGACCUCUGAAGGGUUGUGGAAAGUCCGAAAAGAUUAAAGAAAUAAAAGACAGAGAAUGGCAAAUGGUUGCUGACAAGUUAAAUUCACAAUUCGACAACAAGAUGAGAGGUCUGGAGGAAGCGAAGAAAAAAUAUUACAACAUUAAACAGAGAAGCAAAGAAAAACUUGAUUCAGUCAAAAAGCCCAAGACAGGAGGAGGUCCACCCCUCCCACCACUAACACCUGGGGAAGAGACUUUUCUGAACUUGUCAGUAGGCCAACCAAAUGUCCAUGGUUUAAAUGGAGGUGUUGAUUCUGAUGAGCAGCAGAUUACCAACUCCAUUCAAAAUGAAAACAAUACUUUCUGGUGAAAAGCGGUAUCUUUGGAAGAUUUCGUCCUCCUCCAGACUCUCAAGAGGAUUACUAAGGUCCCGAAAUACCCGAGGUCAUCUUAAAAUGCGCUGAUUUUGUCUCCUCUGACGUCUGCGUCUGAUCAUAGCAGCCAUUUUUAAUGCUUGAGAACGUUCUUAAGUCUGCAUUUUUGUAGACUCAAAUAUUUGAGAAUAAAACUGAUUUUGAGAAU